AUGCCGCUCAUCGUCGUCUCGGGCCUCCCCACGUCCGGCAAGACGACCCGCGCCAAGCAACUCCGCGACUACCUCGCCGCGCGCAUCGCAGAGACCCAGCCUCCCAAAUACCGCCUUCAUCUCGUCUCCGACGACUCCCUCUCCAUAUCCCGCGCCGUGUACGACCUCUCCCCGGACACGGUGCGGCUGCACACGCGCUCCGCCAACUCGUCCGAGAAGGAUGCCCGCGCCGCCCUCUACGGCGCCGUCAAGCGCCUGCUCUCCGACCGGGACUUUGUCAUCCUCGACGGCCUCAACUACAUCAAGGGCUGGCGGUACCAGCUGCACUGCGAGGCCAAGGCCAUGAGGACGCCAAACUGCAUACUGCGUGUCGCGUGCCCCGUGGACCAGGCAAGGCACAUCAACGAGGAGAGGCGGCGGCGGCAGCGGCAGCGAGGGGACACCACCACCACCACCACCACCGGGCAGCAGCAAACUGGCGAAGCCGCUCCGGAGCCCUACGAGCCGGCCAACUGGGACAACCUCGUCUUCCGCUACGAGGAACCAAACCCCAUGACCCGCUGGGACUCCCCGCUCUUUGCUCUCCUCUGGGACGACGACGAGACCCAGACGAAACAGACCUUUGAUCGUCUCUGGGACGCCAUGGCCGGCGAGGGGCGCAAAGCCGUCAGGCCGAAUCAGUCCACGGUGCAGCGUGGCCGAGACGCCGGCGGCGAUUACUUGUAUGUCCUGGAGCGGGAGACGCAGGAUAUCGUCAAGAGAAUACUCGACCAGCAGGGGGACGGCGGCGGCGGCGAGGUGACGGUGCCUCUCGCCGCGGCCGGCAGCCAGCAUUUGACCGUGGACCUGCCGGCGGGCAGAAAGGUCGGCCUGCCGCAGCUGCAGAGACUGAGGAGGGCCUUUGUCGGCCUGAACAGGGGCGGCAUCGGGCUCGAGAGGGUGGGAAACAUGGCCGCUGACGGGAUGAGGGAGCUGUUUGUCGCCUUUCUGAACGACGCGUUUGAAAAGGAUGACUCGUGUUGA